ACACACACACACACACACACACACACACCCCGCACACGCACCGCCCGAGGAUGCCCUUUGCCCGGGGGGGCGAAGCCGGGACACCACCGCGCCGCCGGGAGUGAAGCCACCAGCACCGCCGCUGCCGUCGUCGGGGCCUCCCGGGCCGCAGCGUGCGGCCGGAGCGGAGACGCCGGCGCUUUUCCUCCGCCUCAGGACGCGCACCGGGUGGAGGAGGAGGAGGAGGAGGGCGCCGUCUCCGCAGCAGCAGCAGCAGCCGCCGCAGCCAUGGGAAGGAUUUGACAGGGCUCGGAGCGCUUGUGCCGGUGUGUCGGGGCGCGCGUCCCGCCCGCCGCCCCUUGGCGCAGCGGAGGAGAAGGGGGCGACAAUGAAGACUUUAGUUUUUUUGAAUCACUGAAAAGCCUUAAAAGGAGACUCGGAUAACUAUUUUCUUCUCUUAAAUGUCAUGAAUACACAGAUAGCCACACUGUAUGUGUGUGUCUGAAACUCCAAGGGUUUAGUUUCAGGCUGGGAACACCGAGGUGGGCUGGCAAUUAAGGACCGUCACAGUUUGACACUUGUUAAAAAUACUGUUGACUUCUUUUUAAACAACAAAACCCUCAAAAGUUUUUUUUUGUUGUUGUUGUUGUUUUUCUGACAAAGUAAUAAUAAUCAUUAAAAAAGAAACCCCAAUGCAAACUGAAACAACCAUGUCUGGAGAAGUGCGUUUGAAGCAGUUGGAGCAGUUUAUUUUGGAUGGGCCAACACAGACUAAUGGGCAAUGCUUCAGUGUGGAAACCUUGCUGGAUAUACUCAUCUGCCUUUAUGAUGAAUGUAAUAAUUCCCCUCUGAGAAGAGAGAAGAACAUCCUUGAGUAUCUGGAGUGGGCCAAACCUUUUACAUCUAAAGUGAAACAGAUGCGACUACAUAAAGAAGAUUUUGAGAUUCUGAAGGUGAUUGGUCGAGGAGCCUUUGGGGAGGUUGCAGUAGUAAAACUGAAAAAUGCAGAUAAAGUUUUUGCCAUGAAGAUACUUAAUAAAUGGGAGAUGCUGAAGAGAGCUGAAACAGCCUGUUUUCGAGAAGAGAGAGAUGUGUUAGUGAAUGGAGAUAACCAGUGGAUCACAACAUUACAUUAUGCAUUCCAGGAUGAAAACUACUUAUACCUGGUUAUGGAUUACUAUGUUGGAGGAGACCUGCUUACAUUGCUCAGCAAGUUUGAGGACAGACUCCCUGAAGAUAUGGCUCGUUUUUAUUUGGCUGAAAUGGUGAUAGCCAUCGAUUCAGUUCAUCAGUUGCAUUAUGUCCACAGGGAUAUAAAACCAGACAACAUCUUGAUGGAUAUGAAUGGACAUAUUCGAUUAGCAGAUUUUGGUUCUUGUCUGAAACUGAUGGAAGAUGGAACGGUCCAAUCUUCAGUAGCAGUUGGAACACCAGACUACAUCUCUCCAGAAAUCUUGCAGGCCAUGGAAGAUGGAAAAGGGAAGUAUGGGCCCGAGUGUGACUGGUGGUCCCUGGGCGUUUGCAUGUAUGAAAUGCUUUAUGGAGAAACACCCUUUUAUGCUGAGUCCUUGGUGGAGACCUAUGGGAAAAUAAUGAACCACAAAGAGAGGUUUCAGUUUCCUGCUCAAGUGACAGAUGUCUCUGAAAGUGCAAAGGACCUCAUCCGAAGGCUCAUUUGUAGCAGGGAGCAUCGGCUUGGACAAAAUGGAAUAGAGGACUUUAAGAACCAUCCAUUUUUUGCUGGGAUUGAUUGGGACAACAUUAGGAACUGUGAAGCACCUUACAUCCCAGAAGUCAGCAGCCCCACUGAUACAUCAAACUUUGAUGUGGAUGAUGAUUGCUUAAAAAACUCUGAAACAAUGCCUCCACCAUCCCACACUGCAUUUUCUGGCCAUCAUUUACCAUUUGUGGGUUUCACAUAUACAAGCAGCUGUGUGCUUUCAGACCGCAGCUGUCUAAGACUGACAGCUGGACCACCCUCCAUGGAUCUUGAUGCCAGCAUUCAAAGAACUUUGGAGGAUAGUUUAGCAACAGAAGCUUAUGAGAGGAGAAUAAGACGUCUAGAACAGGAAAAGCUUGAACUUAGCAGAAAACUGCAAGAGUCCACACAGACAGUGCAGGCUCUGCAGUAUUCAACAGUGGAUGGCCCAAUAACAGCAAGCAAAGAUUUAGAAAUUAAAAGUUUAAAAGAAGAAAUUGAAAAGUUGAAGAAACAGGUAACAGAAUCUGGCCAGCUAGAGCAGCAGCUCGAGGAGGCCAGCACUGCAAGGCGGGAAUUGGAUGAUGCCUCCAGACAAAUAAAGGCUUUUGAGAAGCAAGUCAGAACGCUGAAGCAAGAGAGAGAAGAUCUUAAUAAGGAACUGGCAGAGUCUAGUGACAGAUUAAAAUCCCAAGCCAAAGAGCUGAAAGAUGCACACAGCCAGCGGAAAUUGGCAAUGCAGGAAUUCUCAGAGAUGAACGAGCGGCUGACAGACUUGCACUCUCAAAAACAAAAGCUUGCCCGCCAGCUCCGAGAUAAGGAGGAAGAAAUGGAAGUGGUGAUGCAAAAAGUAGAAAGUUUAAGGCAAGAGUUACGCAGAACAGAGAGACUUAAAAAAGAACUGGAAGUCCAAGCUGAAGCUGCAGCUGCUGAGGCAUCCAAAGACAGGAAAUUGCGAGAGAGGAGUGAACAGUACUCUAAACAGUUGGAAAGUGAAGUAGAAGGGCUAAAGCAAAAACAGGUUGGUCGCUCACCUGGGGUAAGCAGUAUCGAACACCAGCAAGAGAUCACUAAAUUAAAGGCAGACCUGGAAAAGAAGAGUGUUUUCUAUGAAGAGGAGCUAUCUAAACGUGAAAUGAUGCAUGCUAAUGAAAUAAAAAGUCUGAAGAAAGAACUGCGGGAUGCAGAGAGCCAGCAGCUUGCCCUCAAGAAGGAGAUCAUGGUUUUGAAAGACAAGUUAGAGAAAACCAGAAGAGAAAACCAAAGUGAAAGAGAAGAAUUUGAAACAGAGUUCAAACAAAAGUAUGAACGAGAAAAGAUUCUGCUGACAGAGGAAAACAAAAAACUUACAAAUGAACUUGAUAAGCUCACCACCAUGUUUGAGAGGCUGAGCAUGAAUAAUCGGCAGCUGGAGGAAGAGAUGAGAGACCUGGCUGAUAAGAAGGAGUCUGUGGCUCACUGGGAGGCCCAAAUCACUGAGAUCAUCCAGUGGGUAAGUGAUGAAAAAGAUGCUCGAGGUUAUCUUCAAGCCUUGGCCUCUAAAAUGACAGAAGAGCUGGAAGCCCUGAGGAACUCCAGUUUGGGUGCAAGAGCUACAGACAUGCCCUGGAAGAUGCGGCGCUUUGCAAAGCUGGAUAUGUCUGCAAGGCUGGAGCUCCAGUCUGCUCUGGAUGCUGAAAUCCGAGCCAAACAGGCUAUUCAAGAUGAGCUGAACAAAGUCAAAGCUUCCUGUAUCUCUACAGAGUGUAAAUUGCAAGAGUCUGAGAAGAAGAACCUGGAGCUUUUGGCAGACAUCGAAAGGCUGAAAAAGGAGACAGAAGAGCUUAGAUCAGAAAAGGGUGUAAAGCACCAAGACUCACAGAAUUCUUUCUUGGCAUUUUUGAAUGCGCCUACCUCUGCUCUGGAUCAAUUUGAAGAUUCCUUUUCCUCCUCUUCAUCCUCAUUGAUUGAUUUUAUGGAUGACCGCUCUCCUUCCUGUAUUCCAGCUAACAAAGGCAGACGUAUUGAUUCAGUUGAGAAUUUUACUUUGUCUAAUACUCCAUCACGGGAUGAAGAUAGCAAGUCUCACCUCCAUUCAAGAUCAAGGUCUCCUUCUACAGCCAGUGAGAUUGAACCAAUUGAGGUUACAGAUCAUCCUCCCCGUUCAAUUCACACGCCCACCAUGAGGACAGCGUAUAUUGGCUCGGGGCUCUCUGCACCAAAGCCUAAGGCUCACCAGUUCGUAGUGAAAUCCUUUAACACACCAACAAAAUGCAAUCAGUGCACGUCCCUGAUGGUUGGUCUGAUACGACAGGGCUGUACUUGUGAAGUGUGUGGAUUCUCUUGCCACGUGACCUGUGCAGACAAGGCUCCUGCAGUAUGUCCAAUCCCUCCUGAGCAGACUAAGGGACCUUUGGGAAUAGAUCCCCAGAAAGGCAUAGGAACAGCUUAUGAAGGACACGUCCGAGUCCCAAAGCCAGCUGGAGUAAAGAAGGGUUGGCAGAGAGCGCUGGCAGUGAUCUGUGAUUUUAAACUCUUCCUGUAUGAUGUAGCAGAAGGAAAAGCAUCUCAGCCCAGCGUGGUAGUGAGUCAGGUCAUAGACAUGAGGGAUGAAGAAUUCUCAGUGAGUUCUGUCUUGGCCUCAGAUGUCAUCCAUGCAAAUCGGAAAGAUAUCCCCUGUAUCUUUAGGGUUACAGCCUCCCAGCUCUCUGCAUCCAGUAACAAGUGUUCAAUCCUGAUUCUAGCAGAUGGUGAGAAUGAAAAAAGCAAGUGGGUGGGCGUGCUGAACGAGUUGCAUAGGAUCUUGAAGAAGAACAAACUCAAAGAUCGCUCAGUCUAUGUCCCCAAAGAAGCUUAUGACAGCACCUUGCCCCUCAUCAAAACAACACAGUCAGCAGCAAUCAUAGACCAUGAAAGGAUAGCUCUGGGGAAUGAAGAAGGGUUGUUUGUUGUGCAUGUCACCAAAGAUGAGAUUAUCCGUGUUGGUGACAACAAGAAGGUUCAUCAGAUCGAGCUCAUCCCGAGCGAGCAGCUCAUUGCCGUAAUCUCAGGACGGAACCGCCACGUGCGGCUCUUCCCCAUGGCUGCCCUGGAUGGAAGGGAGACUGACUUCUACAAGCUGGCAGAGACCAAGGGCUGCCAGGCCAUCGUUUCUGGACACGUGCGCCACGGAGCCCUCACCUGCCUGUGUGUGGCCAUGAAAAGGCAGGUGCUCUGUUACGAACUAAAUCAGAGCAAGACGCGCCACAAAAAGAUCAAGGAGAUCCAGGUGCAGGGGAACGUCCAGUGGAUGUCCAUCUUCAGCGACCGCCUCUGUGUAGGCUACCAGUCAGGUUUCCUAAAAUACCCCCUCCACGGAGAGGGCAGCCCGUACAGCCUGCUCCAUCCGGACGACCACACGCUCUCGUUUAUCUCACAGCAGCCAACUGAUGCCAUCUGUGCAGUCGAGAUCUCAAAUAAAGAAUACCUGCUGUGUUUUAGCAGCGUCGGGGUUUACGUCGACUGCCAGGGCCGAAGAUCCAGGCAGCAAGAGUUGAUGUGGCCUGCAACUCCAUCUUCUUGCUGUUACAAUGCACCAUACCUCUCUGUGUACAGUGAAAAUGCAAUUGAUGUCUUCGACGUGAACUCCAUGGAGUGGAUUCAAACUAUUCCUCUCAAAAAGGUACGACCCUUGAAUACAGAAGGAUCACUAAACCUUUUAGGCCUGGAGACAGUCAGAUUAAUAUAUUUUAAAAACAAAAUGGCAGAGGGGGAUGAGCUGGUGGUGCCCGAGACGUCCGACAACAGCCGGAAGCAGAUGGUGCGGAACAUCAACAACAAGCGGCGCUACUCCUUCCGCGUGCCCGAGGAGGAGAGGAUGCAGCAGAGGAGGGAGAUGCUACGUGAUCCAGAAAUGAGAAAUAAGUUAAUUUCUAACCCAACUAAUUUUAACCACAUAGCACAUAUGGGUCCAGGAGAUGGCAUACAGAUUCUCAAAGACCUCCCAAUGAACCUUCGGCCCCAGGAGAGCCGGACGGUGUUCAGCGGCUCCGUCAGCAUCCCGUCGAUCACCAAAUCCCGCACGGAGCCGGGACGGUCCAUGAGCGCCAGCAGCGGCCUGGCAGCACGAUCGUCGGCGCAGAACGGCAGCGCUCUGCGGAGGGAAUUCUCGGGAGGGAGCUACGGAGCCAAGCGGCAGCCCAUGGCAUCCCCCUCAGACGGGUCCCUGUCCUCGGGGGGCCUGGAGCAAGGCAGCGAUGCACCCACAAGGGACUACGAGCGAGAGGACUCUGACUCUCCAAGACACUCGACGGCAUCCAACAGCUCCAACCUCAGCAGCCCUCCCAGCCCAGUUUCUCCUCACAAGACCAAGAGCCUCUCCCUGGAGAGCUCUGACCACGUGAGUUGGGACUCAUGAACUGCUUCAGCAUUCAGAUUUGGCAUCACAUCAGCUUGCUGUCCCCAUGGCUGUCCCCUUCACUUGCUCCAGUUCUCACCUUCAUCCUCCUAACCCCCCCAUUCCCUGUCGGAAAAGGAUCUGGGAGUGGGGUGCAGAGGAAGGUAAAAGCUGGUCGCCUUCAGCACCGUUCAGCAUUGCCUCACCUCCCCAGAUCUGACAGCAGCAAAUGAGCAAAGCUAGGGUGUUGGUAAAUAUCAGAUGCUGUAGAUUUGUAUUAGUAUUGGUUUCAUUUUUGUGGUUGCAGCUGCUUCAUUUUUAAAGACAUAUUUAUCCCACUCCCCUUCCACUUCCCAAAAGGUAGCGUAAGUAGACCAGACCAGUGUCAACAAGAGAAAUUUCAGAGGGAUUUUGUUUUCAUACAAUAGCUCAUUGUACUGUACAAAAGUAGCACAGAGACCCCUUCCCCUCCAUGGGGAAUGAUCAGUAUGUCAGAGGCACAUAAAAGCUUUCAGCCACCACGUUUGAAUGUCAAUCUGAUUGUCGCCAGCAAAUCCUUAUUGAUUAAAAUGAUGCAUAUUUUACUACAGUACAGAGUUUAAAUAAAUACGCAGAUGUUAGAGUAAAAUACGUAUGUAUAUAUUCAAAGAAAAAAAAAGCAUUGUGUAUGCAGCAGAAGAUGGAUGCUUAUUUAAGAGAGCCUUUAAUUUAAGAUUUGUGUUGUCCCUGUUUUCAUGCUCGGUGGUUUGCAGACUCGGAGGCCUGGCUAAAACCUCCCGCAGGACAGAGAUCCCGUGUGUGCAGCACUGCCCCGCAGUGCUCCCACAACACUUCUCUCCUUCUGGCCGUGGCAGAACUGAAGCUGUAAUUCCCUUUUUCCUCACAGUCCCCAUCCUUUUCAGAAACUACAGCAGUUGGCAGCAGGCCCUGUCCCAGCAGCCACAGGCUGCCCUGGUUCCAUGUGUGCCACCUGUGAGCUGGAGCCUUGCAGCAGCUGCAGGAGAGGUCCUUCAGGCAGCAGGGGAGUUCAGUGCAGCUGGAUUCAGCAGCAAAACUGCUUCCCUGGGUCAGCCUUUCAGCAGGUUUAGCUCAGAAGGGAGCAGUCUUCCACACCUCCUUGACCAUCCCUAAGCAGCAAACUCUUACUGUCGUUACCAAAUACUGGUUGCUAAUACACAUCAGCCAAACGAGUGCCCUUAGCCCAAAGCUGGCCCUGGCUGGCUUUGCUGUCACUGUAGCAACAAAGAACCUUGAAGACUGACCUCACACUGUUCACACUGUGGUAGUCAGAGAUGCCUGGUGACCCACAACUGCUGCACUGGCAAGGUUGGUUUUCCUCUGCCCCCUACCUGUGCUGUGGGUUUGUGCAGUUUGCAGUUGUUUCUAUGUGCUCACCUGCUGUUUGGUUCCAAAAGCAGGGCAGGUUGGAGGGCAGGAAGUAUUGCAGUGGAAGGCAGAGCCCGCUGAAGCUGGAAAAAGAAAUAAAAAGCUGAAGUGGUCACCCAGUCGACAGAAUAAAUGAAAAACUGAUAUGCAGAUGUAUGGUAAGAGGAAGAUGUGUCUUCUCUUUAGUUAGCAAGGCAGAUUGUGAUUUUCAUUCAGGAUGAGCCUCUCUUCCCAGUAGUGUUGUUGCUGACUUCAUACUAUGACCAUACUCAAAGACAUAAGGGCUUUUUGUAUUUAGAAUAUUGGGGUUUGUGGGUUUCAGAAACUUGUUAUGGCUCUCAUUAAACCAUUCUGUAUUCUUGCAGUCAGCAGUUAUGUAGAGUUUCACCCACACAGAGGUGUUUGGAGUUUUGCAGUUUCUAUCUUCCCUAAUAGAAGUUGUAGGUAAGUUCAAACCAUGUACAGUAAUUUCCAGGUAUGAUCUAAAUGUGACAUAGGGAACAAGACACAGAUCAUCUAAUCCAUUUAAUCGUGCUGGGUCUCCUAGGUAAGAUUUCUCUUUCACUCUGAAUCAAGAGGCUUAUCCAAGUUUAAGUUCAUUCAGUGUUAUUUUGGGACAGGAAUUCAAGAAAUUAUUGUAGAAACCAUCAUAUCAAAAGCCUGUCUCUCUCCUAUUUGGGUGUUUCAGAGUAGCAAGCUGGUUGUGUUGUUUGUUUUCACUUCAAACCUAUUACUUUUGCAAGCCUGGCAUUUGAAGUUAAAAGCUUUAGCAAACAGCAAAGCAUCUGAAAGUAAUUCCUCCCAGAAAAGUUUAUGUAUUUCUGAGGGACAGAUAGGCAGGGCAUUAUUGGCAUUAUUGAAAUUCCACAUCAGCUUCUUUUUAAAGGCUGCAUAUUGCUUCAAGUAUAGCCACUGCUUUUUCCCCACAAUUCCCUUGUUUUGGUGAAGCAUGUCCACACACUUUUCAAAGCCUUUGCAGACUAGUUUUGUAUUUACUGUAUGUUGUAUUUAAAUAAUAAUCUUAUUUUGAUGUUGAGAGAAGGCAUUUAAACAGUAGUCAUUAAAGACAGAGCAGCCUGCAUGGCAGUCCCCUGAGAGAGGGCCACAGGAUCGUUUUCCAUGGACUUUAUUUUUCCACAGCUGUGCUAAAGCUCUCUCUGAAAAUGGAACCUGAAGAGCCACCACACAGCAAACAAUUAAAUGAGUAAACUCCUGUGUUUGCUCCGUUCCAGUGCCUGCAAUCUGUUGGUACCAACCCCUGGCAUUUUCAGGCAGAGCACAGGUCAGCUGUGUUCCAGCACUGAGCUCAGAGGAUGAGAGCUCCACAGGCCCACGCUGUUUGUACACUACAAUGUCCAAGCCUCAGCAGCCUUCUCUAGGAUUUAUUUAAUCAUUAGCUCAGUCCUAUGCAUUUUUAUACGUGUCUGUUCAGGAGAGAAACAGCAACUGUUCUCUCAGUUGAAAAGCAAAUGACCACAUCACUUAUUUGAAAAGAGAAAAAUUGUCCUAGGGCUUAAAUAGUUUUAUAUAUUUGGGGACCAUUUGGUUACAGACCCAAUUUAAACCACACUCAUCUCUUUUUGUUGGCAUGCAUACUGCAGCUGAGCUUUCUAAAGACUCAUUGGGUAGGAAAAGUAACUUGGUCAUUUGAACUGUAAGACUCUUGACUGGUAUCUCCAAGGCAGUCGUCUCCUGAGGUUUGAUGUUUGCUCCUUUGCACUGUAGCACUGCUUCACCUUCACAGGUCGAGGGCUGCAUUUUGUUCUGGGAGCUUAAAAUCUCCCCCUGAAUGCCUGACUGUGGCACAUGUUCUCUGUACACAGGAUGUGUACCUAGCUGGUUUUUUUUUCCUUUUGGCUGAGACUGAAGGUGUUUGUUUGCAUUUUUGACAGUGCUUGAACGGAUGGUUGUUGGGGUUUUGCCUUUUUUUCCUCUCUUUUGAUGGUAACAAGGAUCUGAACAGAUUCAGGCAGCUACUAAGGAUUCCAGGUUAUAGGAUGGAAUAGGUUUGGUAAAUAGUUUUCCCCUGCACGUGUGCACACACAGGUAUGUGGCUUCCUCCCACAUUUCAUAAACCCAAAAGCAGGGCUGCAGUACUCUCUUCUCUCUUGCCUUUGGCCUGUAGAAGACAGCUGGUGGUUUCAAAAAAACAUUCCUGAGGCUGUGGUGAAGUAGUUGCUUCUUUUCCCCUCCAUUAAUUGCUGUGGCUUGUUAUGAAUGUGCAUUUUGCCCAUUUAAAUGACUUUCAAAACGGAGUCAGGAAUGUUCUCUCUUUGAUUUGAUUCUGAGUAAGUUACAACCUAGGUGUGUUAUCCUCAGGUACAUGGCAGAGGGAAGUUAAGGGUCUUGCCAUACCAAAAAAGUCCAAAAAGAAUAGUUUAUUUAUAGAAAUGUAGUUUAACUGCACCUAACUGGUUCACAGUGUGUCAGCCCUUCCAAACAGAACAGUUGGAUUAUUAACACAGAAGCAGAUUCUGGCCCUGUGUUGUAUUGCAUGGCCAGACCCUGAAUGACAGGACAAACAUGCUCUUGGGUGCAAAAAAGUUUUCUUUUCCAUCUUGUGAAUGCUGUUUAACUUUAAAUGAACGCAUUAAGGGUAAAACUUACUGCAGUGCAAGUACCCACAGCUCCUGAGCCUUAGUCUGAGAAUCAAAGUGGCACAUAGCAAUUCCUGCUGUGGGUUCUUUUGUUAAUAGGAGUUUGUUCCAUGGAGGAAAUGGGACAACUUUUCUGCACUAACACAAAGUGUUAGCACCCUUCUGUGCACUUUGUGUUCAGUUGGUUUGAUAAACACCCCCAGAGGCCGCUCUGCUGCAGGCUUUCCAGUCUGAAUUCCAGCUCCUCUCAUUCCAGCCGCAGCUCAGUACAACCUGUUUUCAUUCUCCAUUUAAGACAGUCAUCUACAGGGAAGAAAUCCACAAACAAACCAGUGUUGCUAUACCUGCCUUUUUAUGUAUGACAGUUUCAUAUCAUUUAUUUUUAAAAUAUGUUUUUUAGGUUUUUCAUUGUAAUAUUAUUGUACAGUUUUGCAUGGCAUAGAUGUAAUCACUUUUUUGUUUUAGAGUAUAAAAGCUGACAAGUGUGCGUGUGGGGGAAAAAUUCUGCUUUUUGCCUCUUCUCACUCUUUUGUUUAAUGCCCUCAAUGUUGUAGGGGACAUUGUAAGAGAUUCUCUGCUACAGAACAAUGAUGUAGAUUCUUUUGCACAGAAAUAUUUAAGGUGGAACGGUCAACAAUGUAAAAAUGACUUACCACCAAUAUUUUAUGUUGGUAACACACUUAAUAUUAACCUACUUUGAUGUACUGCAAUAAAACAGGGAACUGUUAGAAA